GUCAAUUUGAAUUUACUGUGACAGCGCUACAUACUGUUCUCUAUUCCCGCUCCGUGAGUUUCUAGUUAUUCUAAAAUUCUAAAACAAUUUCUUAAAACGCAUUUUUGUUUACGCAGAAGUUCGCUUAUCUGCAAUUUUAAAAUAAUGUCAUGUCAUAAUAAUUAAUACUAAACAUUUGAAAAUUAACAAUCAAUUUAAAAAAGUGACAUUCAUUAUUACAAAUUUAAAAACUAUUUAUUGAUACCUAAUGUAAUAAUAACAACAAUUUCAUCAUUUCUAAGAAAAAUUUAUUUCAAAAUGAUAAUUUUGUCAAAAUUGUGUACAUUGGGGUUAAGACAGAGAAUAACCUCAAAUUUGCUGGUGACAAAUACCCGGAAUUUUUAUAACCUACCAAAUAAAAGCGGUAACUUAUUUUCACAGCUAAGAUUAUUUGGGAAUAAUUUGAAAAAAAGUAAAUUAUUAUUAAAAAAUGCAAGACAAUCUGGUCAAACGAUAGCGUUGCGGUUUUCAUCAACAGAAUGUAAAAAAUCGAACAAAAUUGUUGGAUCCUGGUUGCUAAUAUGCAGUGGGAUGGUAUUUGUUGCAGUAUCACUAGGUGGCAUUACUAGGCUUACCGAAUCAGGUUUAUCAAUGGUUAACUGGCGUUUUUUGGGGGAAAAAAUGCCAAUUACCCAAUCACAAUGGGUUGAAGAAUUUGAAAAAUACAAACAGUAUCCUGAAUUCAAAGUCUUAAACAAAAAUAUGACAUUAGAAGACUUCAAACGGAUCUGGUGGAUGGAAUACAUCCAUAGAAUGUGGGGAAGAUUAAUUGGAGUAUCGUUCAUAGUUCCCGCUUCAUACUUCUGGAUAAAGGGAAUGUUGAGUCCAAGAAUGAAACUAAAAGUAUUAGCACUAGGAGGUCUUAUCGGUAUCCAAGGUUUGAUGGGCUGGUAUAUGGUAAAGUCAGGCUUAGAAGAUCGAUUUGAUGGACCCGGGGAUGUUCCCCGUGUUUCGCAGUAUCGCCUGGCAGCACAUUUAGGUUUAGCAUUAGGAAUUUACGCAGGGUUUCUCUACAACGCAUUAGACCAUUUACUUCCUGCUAAAUUAAUGCCAGUUGAUUGGUCUGGAGAAUCCAAUUUGACAUCAAAAUUUUCUUCUAAAUUAGUACGAUUUAAAAAAUUUGUUUACACUACCAAAGGAUUAGUUUUUCUAACUGCGCUAUCAGGGGCAUUCGUCGCCGGAUUAGAUGCUGGGUUAAUUUAUAACAGUUUCCCAAAAAUGGCCGACAAAUGGAUUCCCGAUGAUAUUUUUGCUUUUUAUCCAUUUUUGAGAAACUUCACCGAAAAUCCGACUACUGUACAGUUUGAUCAUAGAAUUUUAGGAAUCACAACUUUAACAAUGAUCACAUUAGUAGGUUUCAUGUCAAGAAACUUAAAAAUUCCAGGCCAUGGUUCAAAAGCAGUGUUAGCUCUUAUUUCCUUAGGAUAUUUACAAGUUAUACUAGGCGUUACGACUUUGUUAAACUAUGUACCUGUUCCUUUAGCUGCUUCACAUCAAUCUGGUAGUUUAUUACUACUCAGUUCGGUAGUUUGGCUCUGCCAUGAGUUGAAAUUUGUACACAGAUUACCAAAGUAAAUGGCAAUUGUAAAAAAUUAUAUUUAUUUUUUAAUUAACGUAUAAUACUACGAUCUCUCCCACUCUGUCAUUUACUUUUCAAAAGAGAAAGGGCAUUCGAUAAGUCAGAAUUUCCAGGAAAUUUCCACUCCUCCUUAGACUUUGUCUGAGUUAAUGGAAUUCGACUGUUUUAUUCAGCGCAUGCGCAGUUAUCCUGUUUUAUCAUCUGCAAAGCGAACCUGUCCAUUUACCAAUCGGCGUUUUAUAAUAAAUGUGAAGGUAAUUCAGAUUUCUAGAUUUUCCACCAGCGUGACAUAAUGAACUCAUAAUGGCAGAUUUACUACACUAGUUACGUAAUUAACUAUUAAUUAAAUUAAUGCACACUAGGGAAAAAAAUAAUGACAAUUUUUUUUUAAAUUUUAUAUUAAAUCGUGAGGAUUUUUUCACAUGUUAAAAGUGUACAAAAGUCUGUGUUAAAUGUGUAUGUAUUAAACUGUGUGAUAUAAUUUUUUUUUUAUGAUAAUGUUCGGACUUGAUUGGAUUCGACUACAAUUAAUUCAUUGUAAAAUUUUAUUUACCUCUAUUUCUAAAAGGAAUCGAUACUUUUAUUUUGUAUUGUUUUUUUUUUUUUUUUUUUAGUAUAACUUUUAUUGAUAUUCGCUAAAUAAUUUUUAAAUUAUGUUUUGAUUUGAAUCCUAAAUUAAUUAUUAUUGGCAGUCACUUUCCAAUCAGUCAUAAUUUAAUAAAGUAUUUAUUGUUUUAUUAUUGAUUGACUUUUAUUACUAUUAUUACCAUUGGUAUUAUUUUUUUUUCAAAUUUUCAUUAUUAAAAGAAAUUUGUGCAUUUUGUAAAAUUAUUAGACGAAGAAAAUCAAGACAGUUUUUUUUUUGAAAGAUAUUUUUUAAAAUUUAAUUAUUUUUUUUUAUUUUAAGAUAUAUGUCAAAGUAAUUAAAAGUGAUUAUUAUUAUCCUUGUAAUAAUUAAUAAAAAUUACAUAUGAUUAUUGUUAUAUAGGUAAUAAAAUAAUUACAGAAAAUUCGAGUGUUAUUUGUUAUUACAUUAGAAGCUGAUAAUUGUUACGUUCUCGGCGAUAUUUUAUGUACAAAUAUAGAUAUAUAUAAUCAUAUGUGAUUUUUAACGUAAUUAUCAUCAUAAUUUACAAUCACAAGAAUAUUUUCACACGUACAAAAUAUAUUCUGAUUAUCGUAUAUAUUAAAUGGCUUUUUUUCUAUAUAUGUAUAUUUUGUUUUCAAAUAAAUUAUGAACCGAAACAGACGUUUUAUAAUUUUUGAUUUUAUUUUCCAACAAAUCAAUAAAAAAAAAAAUGCACUUGUAGAAAAUUAAAAAAACUACAUGUGCAAUUUUUUUGAAAAAAUUUUUUUUACAAUUUAUCAUUUUGAAAAAAAAAAUCAAAAAUUAUUAGACGUCCGAUAAAUUCGGUAUCAUAAUAAAUCACUUAAUUAAUAGCAAUAAUUAAGCGGAAUUAAUAUAAUUUAAUUAACUUAAACCGACAAAAAUACUUAAAAAAAAA